GGCUAGCAAAGCCCCAGGCUAAGAUACAUAUGUACGUAGUACAUGGACAUCCCAAUAGGUACCUACCUACCUACCUACCUACCUAACGUAUGUACUAAAAGCAAACGUACAUGAUGGAUCCUAGGAAGCAAGCCCAUAAAUAAUCGUACCGUAGCUGCUUUUAAACCAACCAGCAUAUGUAUCUCGAUACCCCACAGAACUGCCAAUUCUCAUAAUCUUCCUUCGAUGUUCAACUCUGUUUCCACUCGAUCCGAUUCCUUCCUUUCUUCUCCCCGCCAUAUCCGCGUGAAUUAACCAUCCCAUCUCUUGAUUCGAAGAGCAAUUGAUCAAACUAUCGUGACGUUUAUAUUACAUCGACUAAACAAUCUUCUAAUUGGUUAAUAUUCGAGAGACGAGACAUCGAAUUGGCCUGCCCAGGUCUAAAUUGUAGCAUUGCAGCAUUGCAGCGUCGAGUUCGUUAGGUAGCUCAGGUGCCCAUCGUGCAUGGGCUUGGCUAGAUGUCAUGACCAGUGGCAUAUCAACUUAAUAACCACCUAGCCUCCCUUUUACCUACCCUGUUCACCUCCUCACCGACUCCUCUGCCUCCCAAGUAGGAGUUUGAUGUCAGGGUACGGUUGCAUAUCUGCUUCUUAGCUUCGACCUCGAACUAAAUACAACAUAUUUUACAUUCAUAUCUAUCCGGAAUGGCGACAGAUUCCUUGAAAGCCCUAAUUACUAACAUUCCCGACUGGCUUAAACGCCUCGAGGAGCUCAAUGGACAAAUCGAUCAGCGCCAGCAGGAUCUGGCUAUGCUACCUGAGAACCAGCCCAAGUCCUCAGCUCGAUCAAUUAGGAAUAAGGGAUCAACAGAAUCUUUAAGACCGAGGGACGAAGGCGCACCCGGCCAAAUACUAGACACGAUACGCGUCUCGACGCCACCUCCCCUAACCCCGAUUGAAACUCGACAGCCAAAUGACGGUGCUGAGGUACCCUCGAGUCCCAUGAGUGAGCCACGAUCGAAUGCUUCCCUUCAACGUCAGACCAACGAGGUUAUGGCAACGGCACAGCGACGAGCGCGUGCUGUUGUUCGGAAGAAGCCGAAGACCGAAUCCAUGAUGAGCACCGAGAACACCGUCCAAAAUUAUAGAUCACGGAAUAUGAUCAUUGUAUACUACGACAGUUACGUACAGUCAUUCUUUGAGGAAUUGGUCAAGUUCGUGUCGAUGCAGCGUAAUGCCAUGCGCAAAGCCAAGAUGGCUGCCAAGGUGGCCCGCAUCAGGCGUUUGGCCGAGAUUGAGAUGCCCGAUGACGACGAGGAGGACAGACCGGGUAGUAGGAAUGGUGAACUGAAGCCCAGGGAUAAUCUCAUCGCCGUCGCCGCCGACGCCACGGCCGCAAAGGAAGAAUCGGCGGAAGAUAUUAAGCUGCGCUUCAAAAGUACUCGACAGAUGGGACCGCGAAACGUGGUUGCCGGUAGGGUGAGUGCGCGGGUGGCCCGAUCAGGUCUUAAUGGCGGACUGGGCGCAUUCCAGGAGAGGGGCGAUAUUUGGGAAGAGCUAGACAAAGGCCUGGAGUUCGUCCAGGGUAUGUGUGAACAAGGAGCACAUCAAUUUCUUCGAGACGGUGACUGCGCCGAGGAGAUCGAGAAGAUUAAAGCGCGCCUUGCGUUGACGAAGGAGGCUGCCGACAAGGAGCUAGCACGUCCCGAUACAGAAAACACUCUCGAGCUAGCCUCGCCCUGGCCCAUCCAGUCCCGGAGCUAUCGCCCCACGAUGAUGCGGAAGAGUAUGGGCACGCCAGCGUUAAAGACACCUCCUAAGCAAGAAGUUAUCAAGCAAAAUGUUAUUGAAGUGGAGGACGAAGGGAUACAGGAUAUGGACGACUACCAGCCGAUCUCCAAACCGACAGGGCAAAUAGAUGGACCUACGUCUUAGAAUGACGAGGUCCCUUUGCUUUGUUAUGCUUCAUGCACAUUAAGUAGUCUCCCUACUACUAUUACCUACCACCGUCGUUUACGUAUAUACAAACCACAUCUCAACCAUUCAAAAUUGUUUGCUCGCAUGCAGCAUCGCGACGGAGUUGGAUUACAGAGAAUGACGGCUUUAUUGGAUGCUACUGCGACAGGACUACAUACUUCCCCCUAAAUUAUGAAAUGUCACCUUGAAAAUUAUAUAUAACUCUAUUUAUUCGUGUGGGGUGCGGACAGAUAAAAAGCAUGCACAUAUUUUUGAGUCUUAAAAUGUGCUUGGAGUUGGAUACAGGGGAAAGUUUUUGAUAUUUAACAUCAACAGCCCAGACGGGAUUUGAAUACAUUUGGGAUCACUCUACUAUGGUGCUUACCUGCACCUAUCACGAUUUUACGGGACUCACGGCCGCGAACCAAACAUGUGCAUACAAGGCUAUAUCAAUGCGUCCUCUCUCAGCUUCAUCUGGAGGGGGCGGAUCAAAUAAUGCCGGAUAAUACGGCCACUCUUUCAUAAUGAGCAGCUGGGGGGGUUUCGGAGAAUAAAGGUGACCCAGCAGUUAAUGUUGUUAUGGAGGGGCUGAAAAGUUUGGUACACAAGAGACUAACAAGCCUAAUAAUAUAUCUACCUAACUAGUUAAACUGGAUUACCUGAUUAUGAUGUCCAUGACGAUGAUGAUGAUGAUGAUGAUGAUGAUGAUGAUGA